CAGGCUAGAGAAAAAGCAAUAAAGCUAGAGAGCAAGGGAGUUUGUUGGGACAGCCCUUCUUUGCAGCCCUGCUCUGCUGGUGGAGGAUGAAACCUCAGAGUUCAAUGGGAGAGGUCAGCUUGGACCUAGCCUGGGGGUCUCUAGCACAGAGCUGUGUUGGGCUGCAGGGUGCUGUGAGAGCUCACCGGGGUCUCCUUUACCUCUCCACUGCGAGGGGCAGGAUUAGAUCCCAGGACUGGGCACAGGCGGGAAUAGAGGUGCCCUGGCCAGGGCUCUGUGGGGUUGUGGUCCCCGGACUGCAGGCAGCAGGAGGUCCCACACGCCAUCCAUGCCUGGCUGCAGCGUCCCCUCCCAGGGACGCAGGGAAAUGUCUCAUUCCCCAUAGGUGCCUGCUCUGGGCCUUGCUGUGCCGCUGGAGCAGGGGGUGGCCAGAUCAGAAGCAGCUUUUAGGUGAGAGAUGCGUAGAAAACCGUCUCAAAGAGACUUUCUAACAACCACUGCUGCCAGGCUGGGGUCUCUGCCCUGCUGCCCACAAGGCAGGGCUUUGAGUGGGCUGCAGGGAGUCCCCACCCUGGCUGGUCACCCCGCCAUGCUCUCCUCCCUCCAGGCAGCACCCCAGAGUGAAGUGGGGCACAUUUCCCUCCAGCAGCAAGCGAGGUACCCAGGGCUGGCAGCCCCCAGCUGUGGCUCCUCCCUGUGCCACAGAUCUUGCGUGGGGCUGUGACUUACUUGCUGGAGCGGAGAGGUGCAGAUAUUCCCCCAGGAGGUGAAGAGGGAAGAGGUGAGGGUGGCAGGUGUCAGUGGAGGUGAUCGGCAGACGAGGCUGAGCUCCGAGGCCGGGAGCUCCUUGUGCUGUGCCGCGAGUGCGUGCAAGGUGGGGCACUGCUGAGGAGCAGGUUUGGUGGUUUGGGAUGGGGCAGAGGGGCUGGCCUGGGCAGGGCUGGUCCCUGGGCUGCGUGGCAGCAGUGUCCUGGGGGCAGUGAGCAAUGAGCUCGAGGGUCCCUGCGUGUGGCUUGGCUCCAGGUUCAGUGCCACCACGCGCUGCUGUUGGGGUGGGAGUCGGGGGCAGCUGAGCCUCCUCUGUUCACCCAUCGGUACCAGCUCUGCACCCCUCCGCGGUUUCCAGUGCUGUGAAGUGCCUGUGCCAGGUUGUGUAGGUGCAGGGGUGCCCUGGGGUGAGAGUUGACACCUAAGUCACUUCGGCAGUUGCGUGGGCUCCUUCCUCCCCCGCAGUCUGGGUGCCCUGAGGGACCCCAGAGGGUGCGGGGCGGGAAGAGGGAGGGCCAAGGCAGGUCUCUCCUCCCCUGCCCUCCCCUCUCCUCCCUUGCUGGGUCUGUUGCUGCCAGACCAGCUGCCUGCUGGGGCUGCACGUCUGGGUGAUGUCGGUUGCUGGGGCACCCUGGGACCCGCAGGGGCUGCAAAUGGUGGGCAUCAUCCUGCUGCUCUGCUCCAGCCUCAAGCUACUCCAUGCCCUGGGCAUCAUCGACCUGGCCAGGGGAGACAGCGUUGAGGAUGAGUUUGAGCUUUCCACCGUCUGCCAUCGCCCCGAGGGGCUGGAGCAGCUCCAGGAGCAGACCAAGUUCACCCGCAAAGAGCUGCAGGUCCUGUACCGAGGCUUCAAGAACGAGUGCCCAAGCGGCAUCGUCAAUGAAGAAAACUUCAAGCAGAUCUACUCACAGUUCUUCCCACAGGGAGACUCCAGCACGUAUGCCACCUUCCUCUUCAACGCCUUUGACACCGACCACGAUGGCUCCGUCAGCUUCGAGGACUUUGUGUCUGGACUGUCCAUCAUCCUGCGGGGCACCAUUGACGAUCGCCUGAACUGGGCCUUUAACCUCUACGACCUGAACAAAGAUGGCUGCAUCACCAAAGAGGAAAUGCUGGACAUCAUGAAGUCCAUCUACGACAUGAUGGGCAAAUACACCUACCCAGCCAUGCGGGAGGAAGCACCCCGGGAGCAUGUGGAGAACUUCUUCCAGAAAAUGGACCGAAACAAGGACGGUGUGGUGACAAUCGAGGAGUUCCUGGAGUCCUGCCAGAAGGAUGAGAACAUCAUGCGGUCCAUGCAGCUCUUCGACAAUGUGAUUUAGGUCCCGGACCUGCCUCCAGCCGAGCUCUCCUGCCACCGGGCCCAGAACCUGCUUCUCUCUCGACUUUUCCUUCGAGCCUCCCCUCUGCUGGCUGCACAGACACCCCUGUGGGAAGGGGCCUCCCUUCCCGAAGAUGUGGUCGGUGCCGGGAUCUGCCCUUCCCCCUGGGCUGGCUCUGCUUUCCUUGGGGGAUCCCAAGCAGGUGCUCCCAGAUGUUGGAGCAUGGGCACGGCUGGCACGGGGCAAGCGUUUGGCCUGGAUGGACCUCCCUGCACCUGUUCCUGGUGGGAAAGCUGCAGCCUCGGGCUGCGAUAGAGGCUUCCCCUGUGCACAGCACCCCGUGCAGCCACGGAUCCCCUACCCCGACCCUCCCCAGCCUCGGGAGCCCCCAGCACCAGCUCCAGCCUAAAUCCUCCAGUGACGCUGUCUAGAAACAAAUAAAGUCUUGCAACAGGCGCCAGCAACUCGGCUUCCCCCCCUGCCCUGGCUGUGCCUUGCAGUGGGGACCGUGUCCGGCAUGUCGGCUGUGAGCCGCCGGCCACCCUCCUUCCCCAGCCCUUGGGCCAGUGGGUGGGCAGAGGGCUGUGCCUGGAGAAGGCAGUCGCACGGGCUCUUGGGGUUCAUCGCUGCAUGAGCUGUGGCAAGCAACCCCUGAUCCUGGGGGGCCUGGUUAGACCUAGGAGGCUUAUCCUGUUGUGGGGACAGGGGACACUAAAGGCACCCCAAGGUGCCUUCUUGUGGCACUGGUCCCCCAGGAUGAAGGAUGCUGGGCUGGGAGAGCUGCACCCUCAGCCCUCGUCCCUCAAGUUCGGGGUGCUGGCACACAGGGGACCUCAGGGACCCACUUUGAGGCUCCAAUGGAGAGCUACCCUUCCUACCCCUCCCCAAGGACACGGCAGCCAGGGUAUGGGUCCACGUGGAGCAGGGAGGUGUGCUGGGCUCCAGUGGCCGCCCUGGCCCUUGGGCCUCACAGCCAUGCUCCCGGCAUUGUUUCUGCUGACCUUCCCCUGUGCCCUGGCCUGCCCCAGCCCAUCUGCUGUCUUGGAGGUUGGGGAGAGAGGAAUGGGGCAGAGAGGUGUCCCCACAGGCAUAGCCCUGUGCUGGGGGCAUUGCUAAGCUGGCAGCUCCUUGGGGAGAAAGUUGAGGCUGGGGCCAGCCAGGAGUUGUUACUGUGCUGCUGGCAGGCUGGAGGGUCACCUUGGAGCAGGGCAGGCUCAGCUCCUUCUCCCGGCAUGGCCAUGUGAGAACCUGCCUGGGGACACUGGGGAUGGAGCCAGCACCCUGCAGCUCCCCAUGUCUUUGUCAUGACCAGCUCCUCAGAGCUGGGUAUGUGCAGGCAGGCCUGUCCUGCCUGUAUACCCCUCCGAGUCAGAGCUGGGACAGUGAUGCCUAUGGGCUAAUGAUCCUAUGCCAACCCCAGAAGCCCCUCCGUGCAAUCCCACAGGCAUUGGGAAUGUACCCAGCCCCGGCAGCCCCCUGCUCAGCUGCUCCAGCUUCCGCAUCCUUAGCAGCCAAGGGCGAUUGGGGCUGGCCCAAGCUGCGGUGUCUGGGAUCAAUGGGGAAGGGGUGAGCAAGGACCAUGCUGCGCCAGGCCCCAGACCCAGGCUGAGCCCCUGGUGUCGGAGCCAUUAGAACCAACCCCCAGGGCCCUGCGCCAAAGCUAUGGGGCUGCUCCCCAGUGGGACCAUCCCUGGCCCAGCCCUUGCAGACAUGAUGUGUUUUUUAUGUUCAUUUAACACAUUGUUCAUCUCACAGUCCUGUUCCUGGGUUUGCUGUGGGGCUGAGCUCCCACUUAAAGUCUCCCAAGGGUGAGAGGGCAGGUAUCCUGACCCUUACCCCUCCUGUCUCCCUUCUCCCCAUCCUCCCUCCUCCCAGGCUCUCUGGGGUACCCACCGUCCCCUGCCACGCGGAGCAGAUGCCGCCUCCUCCCUCACGCUGCAGGUCGCAUGGCGUGACCCCCUGCCCUGGGGCAUGGUGACCCACAACCCGCUUGGCAUCUCCAGUCUGUAUAUUUUGUAUUAUAACAAUAAUAUGGGUUAAAAAAAAAACCAAAAAAAACCAAUAAAAUCUAACCACAAUCGCUAUGCA